AUGUCUUUCCAGAAGCCCGAGAAGGAUUUCGGCGAGGGCCCUAAGGUCCACAAGAUCCGCAUCACCCUCACCUCCCGCAAGGUCGCCUCUCUCGAGAAGGUCUGCCAGGAGCUGAUUGACCGUGCCCGCGGCAAGUCUCUCCAGGUCAAGGGUCCCGUCCGUCUGCCCACCAAGACCCUCCAGAUCUCCACCCGUAAGACCCCCAACGGUGAGGGUUCCAAGACCUGGGACAAGUACGAGAUGCGCAUCCACAAGCGUCUCAUCGACCUCCUCGCCCCCACCGAGACCGUCAAGCAGAUCAUCAUCAACAUCGAGGCCGGUGUUGAGGUUGAGGUCACCAUUGCCGCAUAAAUGUGCUAGGCUGGGCUUGCCUCAGGGAGGGA